AUGUUCCCCCCCCACUCCCGCAGCAUGUUCCCCCCCACUCCCGCAGCAUGUUCCCCCCACUCCCGCAGCAUGUUCCCCCACUCCCGCAGCAUGUUCCCCCCACUCCAGCAGCAUGUUCCCACCCCACUCCCGCAGCAUGUUCCCCCCACUCCCGCAGCAUGUUCCCAUCACCCCCACAGCAUGUUCCCCCACUCCCGCAGCAUGUUCCCCACUCCCGCAGCAUGUUCCCCCCACUCCCGCAGCAUGUUCCCCCACUCCCGCAGCAUGUUCCCCCCACUCCUGCAGCAUGUUCCCACCCCACUCCCGCAGCAUGUUCCCACCACUCCCGCAGCAUGUUCCCCGCAGCAUGUUCCCCCCACUCCAGCAGCAUGUUCCCCCCCACUCCCGCAGCAUGUUCCCCCCCCCCACAUGUUCCCACCACCCCCGCAGCAUGUUCCCCCCACUCCCGCAGCAUGUUCCCCCCACUCCCGCAGCAUGUCCCCCCACCCCAGCAUGUUCCCCCCACUCCCGCAGCAUGUCCCCCCCACUCCCGCAGCAUGCAUGUCCCCCCCACUCCCGCAGCAUGUCCCCCCCCCACUCCUGCAGCAUGUUCCCCCCCACUCCAGCAGCAUGUUCCCACCCCACUCCCGCAGCAUGUUCCCACCCCACUCCCGCAGCAUGUUCCCCCCACUCCCGCAGCAUGUUCCCCCCCCACUCCAGCAGCAUGUUCCCACCCCACUCCCACAGCAUGUUCCCCCCACUCCCGCAGCAUGUUCCCCCACUCCCGCAGCAUGUUCCCCCCACCCCCACAGCAUGUCCCCCCCACCCCCACAGCAUCAUGUCCCACCCCACAGCAUGUUCCCCCACUCCCGCAGCAUGUUCCCCCCACCCCCACAGCAUGUCCCACCCCCACAGCAUGUUCCCCCCACUCCCGCAGCAUGUUCCCACCACUCCCGCAGCAUGUUCCCCCACUCCCGCAGCAUGUUCCCCCACUCCCGCAGCAUGUUCCCCCCACUCCCGCAGCAUGUUCCCCCCACUCCCGCAGCAUGUUCCCCCCACUCCCGCAGCAUGUUCCCCCACUCCCGCAGCAUGUUCCCCCCACUCCCCGCAGCAUGUUCCCCCCACUCCCGCAGCAUGUUCCCACCACUCCCGCAGCAUGUUCCCCCACUCCCGCAGCAUGUCCCCCCCACUCCCGCAGCAUGUCCCCUCCCACUCCCGCAGCAUGUCCCCUCCCACUCCCGCAGCAUGUCCCCUCCCACUCCCGCAGCAUGUUCCCCCCCACUCCCGCAGCAUGUUCCCCCCCACUCCCGCAGCAUGUUCCCCCACUCCCGCAGCAUGUUCCCCCACUCCCGCAGCAUGUUCCCUCCCACUCCCGCAGCAUGUUCCCUCCCACUCCCGCAGCAUGUUCCCUCCCACUCCCGCAUCAUGUUCCCCCACUCCCGCAUCAUGUUCCCCUCCCACUCCCGCAGCAUGUUCCCCACCAGCGUUUGA